AUGGAGGUUUUCAAUCCACUUGGGAGGAACUACAGAGUUGGGAAGGUGAUUGGGCGUGGCACCUUUGCAAAGGUCAGAAUUGCGCAACAUGUUUUGACGGGAAAUUAUGUAGCUGUUAAAGUAAUUAAUCUUCGGGAGAUGCAACAAAAGGGUAACUUCGUCAAUCGUCAGCAAGCUGAAGAAAAGGUGAGACAAGAAAUACAAUUAGGGAAAUUGUGUGUGCAUCAACAUGUGGUGCGCGUCUAUGAGUUUAUAGACACACCAACAGAUAUAUAUAUGAUCAUGGAGUACAUGGUGCAAGGUGAGCUCUUCGAUCACAUUAGUCGAAAAGGGAGGUUGCCAGAAGACGAGGCUAGACAAUAUUUCCAGCAGAUUAUUGCAGGAGUGGAGCAUUGCCAUAGUAAAAAUGUCGUUCAUCGCGACCUUAAGUUGGAGAAUUUGCUUUUAGAUGGACAAGGCAACGUGAAAAUUGCUGAUUUUGGAUUAAGCAACAUUAUGAGGGAUGGCAAUUUACUAAGAACAACUUGUGGAAGCACAAACUAUAUUGCACCUGAGAUUCUUUCUGGGAAGCAUUAUGGUCAUGAAGUGGAUAUUUGGAGUUGUGGUGCUAUUUUGUAUUCUCUUCUUUGUGGGACUCUUGCUUUUCAUGAUCAAAAUAUUUGCACACUAUGCAACAAAAUAACGACUGCAACGUACGCUCGUCCGACCCAUGUGUCUGCAGGAGCUCGUGAUUUGAUUGAAAGGAUCCUGGUGGUGGACCCUUCGAGGAGGAUAACCAUUGAUGGUAUACGACACCAUCCUUGGUUCCAACCUAAUCUUCCUCCCUAUUUAGCUCUCAAUGCACCUCAACCUACGCUGCAGCUUGAUUAUGAAAUCAUUGAGAAAGUUGUUGGGUUAGGGUUUACGAAGGGCUUCAUUAUGCUUUCACUGCAUACCAACGUACAAAAUAAUGCUGCCGUUGCGUACUAUAUACUAUUGGACAACCGGGUCCGGGCCUAAUGCAACUUCUUGAUGCGGCUUGGGUUCAUCACUAUGUUUAUUUACUUGUCGCAAAUAGCUUCUAAUUAACAUCCAUUUAGAUAGAUAUUUGUUAGGAUUUUAUUUUGUGUUGGAAAUACCAAAAAUCGUUAUCUAUUAAACAUGUUUUGUUUUAA